UUGUACAGUGGGUGUAUAGAGAGAGAUAGAGAGAAAGAAACAAAGAAAGAAAGAGAGAGGAAGAGAGAAAAAGAGAGAUCUACCCAUCUCUAGACCUUUUCUUUUUCUCUGAACUCUCCUUUCUGGGUUCGAGUCGUCGUCUGGAUCUUUCUUUACCUUCUACUUCGUCGGUCCGAUCGAACUGCUAUUGGAAUUGACGUUUUCAUUUCCCAGGAUUUGUUGUUGGAGGAGACUGAUUCAUUGUUGUUCCACAAGUGUGUGUGUGUGUUGAAACAUAUCUGGGUUUGACCGCAAAUUUCAGGAACAGGUUUUUAUGGUUGAACUGGAGGGAUGAUGGUGAUGAAUUCUUUUAGUGAAGAAGAGGAACAGUUUUUUGAUUCUCGUGAAGAGAUCACUUCAGUUUCUGAGUUUGAAUCAGAUUGUUCUGAGGAUUGCAGUCCCAGCCCUCGAUGGGAUAAAUUUGGGUAUGAAUCUUGGGCCAAGAAUUUGGAUGCUAGUUAUGAACAACGACGUAGUAGAUUUAUGAACUGGAUGGGUUCAUCAGGCUUAGAACAGGAAAUAAAAGAGGGAGAAGAGUCUAACAAUGUUUUAAACAAUGAAGUGAAAAUUGGGAUUGACAGAGUUGGAGAAGACAGUGGAACCGUGCUGAGAGAUUCAUACCUGGAGGACAGAGUUCUGUCUAGUCUAUCUUCCAUGACGACUUGCUGUUCGGCCGAAGAUGCUGAAUUGUCCAGAGAAGAAGAUGAUCUGUUGAAAAUCAGAAACUUGGAUAAUGGGAUGGAGUUUCUGAUGGCUGAUGGAAUUAGUCGGAAUAGUUCUUUUAAUGGGUUGCGUCAAGUGGGUACGGAUAAGCUUAUUACAUCGGAGGAAUUCCAAAAAACAUUUGGUUCAUCUUCUUUAGUACAACGGCUAUUACGAAGAAAGGAAGAAGAAGCCAACAAUUUAGUGGAUUUGAAAAAGAAAGUUAAGAAAAGUUGGUUUAAGAAAUUUGGCAGCAAAAAUAGCUCUACAACAGGAACUGGAAUUCAAAGGGUUCAAGUUCAUGCAUACAAGAAGAAUCGAAAGGAGCUAUCUUCGUUGCUUAAAGGUCAAGAAAUUCAAGCCCACGACGGAGCAAUCUUGGCGAUGAAGUUUAGCCACGAUGGUAAAUACUUAGCAACUGGUGGUGAAGAUGGAGUUGUACGUAUAUGGAAGGUGAUUGAUGAUGAAGAAGAUGAUAAUGUUGAUGAUGAGAGUCUUAACCACCAUUUUGAUAUUCAACAGACUGAUCCCUCUUGUUUGUACUUAUCUGUAAACCAUCUUUCAAAAUUAGUGUCUUUAGAUUCAAAUAAAGACAAAACCAACAAUGGUGGUGGUGGCAAGUCGACGAGAAAGAUGAAGAAAUCGUCUGAAUCUGCUUGUGUCAUCUUACCACCGAAGGUUUUCAAGAUAACUGAAGAACCUUUGCAUGAAUUUCGAGGGCACUGUGGUGAGAUCUUGGCUCUCUCAUGGUCCACAAAAGGGUAUUUGUUGUCAUCUUCGAUCGAUGAAACAGUGAGGCUAUGGCGAGUCGGGCAACAUCAAUGCCUCGAAGUUUUCUCCCACAAUAACUAUGUGACUUCAAUAGAAUUCAAUCCUGUGGAUGAUAAUUAUUUCAUCAGCGGUUCAAUUGACGGAAAAGUUCGUAUCUGGAAAGUGCAUGGAUGUAAAGUUGUCGACUGGAUUGAUGUCAAAGAAAUCGUGACUGCCGUCUGCUACUACCCAAGUGGAAAUGGAGGAGUUAUCGGUUCGAUGGAUGGAAGUUGCCGGUUUUAUGACAUUGUAGGUAACCAAUUUAAGUUGGACGAUCACGUAUGUUUACAGGGGAAGAAGAAGUCUCCUUGCAAGAGGAUAACUGGCUUUGAGUUUUCCCCGGAUGACCCGAAUAAGUUACUUGUCACUUCUGCGGAUUCACAAGUUCGGCUAAUCAAUGGGCACGACGUCAUGUACAAAUUCAAGAGUUCACGGGUUCUGGGAAGUCAGGUAACUGCAUCAUUUACCUCGGAUGGAAAAAGAGUAAUCUCUGCGAGUGAGGAACAUUCGAGCAUCCAUGUAUGGAACUUCAUGGGACAAGAAGGGUCUCCUCCCCAUCCUAAAAAAGUGAAAAAGAUAUUUUCAAGCGAAAGCUUUUCAUCCACCAACGCUUCAAUAGCCAUACCCUGGUGUGGCAGAAAGACAACCGCGAUCGGAUCACCACAACAAGACGAUCUGGCAAAAUGCAUGUCUGGAAACGAACAUUUCAUAGAAGAAUUAUGCCAAAGAAUGGAGUCUGCAUCACCCGAUUGUUUAUUAUCUCUGAGACGAGCAUUUCUCUUGGAUUCAUUAACAAAAGGGACGGCAACUUGGCCGGAGGAGAAGCUUCCGGUGAAUGCUGCUGUGACAGCGCCAAAGAUAAGUCGAUCUGAGUACAAGUUUUUUAAGAGUGCUUGCCAGAACUCGUCAACUUCACACAUGUGGGGGUUAGUUAUGGUGGCCGGCGGUUGGGAUGGCCGAAUCAGGACCUAUUACAAUUACGGGUUACCUGUUCGGGCUUGACGACAAAUGUAGAGGAGAAGAAUUGUUUGUUUUCAUUUUUUUUUUUGACAGACGACGACGGAGAAAACAGAGGAAGGUAUCAGAAGAAUAUAUAAAUAUAAAUAUAGGUGGUGCUUGUUUCUUUUGUAUGAUAUGAAAUUGGCCAAAUUGUAGUUACCAAAAAAGGGGAAAAUACAUAUAAUAGGGUUUCCCCAUGUUUGUAACGAUCAAGAGUACCCCUCAUAUUCAUCAAGUACAUAUAUUAUUAUACUAUUUAUUUUAUUGAU